AUGCAACUGUACGUCCUGCAGGAGCACGGCAGGAGGGCUCUCUGCCUCGUCGACAGCACGCAUGCGCUUCUCUUCCGUCAGCCGCCAAAGGGCACCAGCAAAGCCAGCGUCUCCCUCGCAUUCCAGCCUGUCUCUGAAGUCUCGCUCGCCAGAGCUCAGCGGUUGAGCGUCAUCCAAGGAUGUCUCGGCCUCAUACACCUCAACCACGAGACUUUCCUUGUCGCUGUCACACGCUCAGCUACACUGGGAAACAUCGGCCCGUCCGAGUCGGUGGACAAGAUCCUCGCUGUCUCAUGCUUCUGCCUCACGUCUGCUGUCUACGACGCCACUUUCAUGGGUGCGGCGGGCUAUGAGGCUCCCGAGACAGACGACGAGAGCUUGUCGCUGGAUUAUGCGGGCGCUGCCGUGACGCCCGAGCGCGAAGAGGAUCCCACGACGGGACUGAGACGCAUACUCAGCAACGGCAGCUUCUACACCUCGCCCAAUUUUGAUCUCUCGAGCAGACUGCAGAAGAGAUCGCACGAAGCCAGCGUAAAGGGUAAGGCACGCGCGUCCGGGCCGGUCUACGAUGAGAGAUUUCUCUGGAAUAGCUUUCUGGCUGACUCGCUGCUCGCUUUCCGUGACAGCCUCUCGCUCGCCGAGCAAGCCCAGUUUGAUGCUGCCCGCUUUGUGUUGCUUGCUAUUCAGGGAUAUGUGGGUAUCUCGCAAGUUGUGCUCGCAAAUCAGAAGACGACGCUUGCUUUGAUAUCGCGAUUAGGCUCUAAGCGAGCAGGCACUCGCUACAACGCUCGUGGCAUCGACGAUGAUGGCUAUGUCGCCAACUUUGUCGAAUCGGAGACCUUGCUGCGGUCAGGCGAGACGACGUAUAGCUUCGUUCAAGUCAGAGGAUCUGUGCCUCUUUUCUGGGAGCAGCAAGCCUUGCAGCUUCAGAACAUUGGCGCCGGCCAAUCGGUACAGAUAACGCGACCCGCAGCAUCAUCUCAGCCGGCCUUCGAACGGCACUUUGACGAUCUCUUACAUGAGUAUCAUAGCAUCCAAGCCGUCAAUCUCAUGUCUGCUCGAGGCGGCCACGAAACAAUGCUCUCGCGCGCCUACUCGGAGCAUCUAGCGAGGGCAAAAGCCAGACCAGGAUUCGGUGACGUCCGACAGAUAGGCCUGACAGAGUAUGACUUUCAUAAUCGCGUCAAGCUGGACGGUAUCGAGUAUCAACGCACUGCUCUAUCCCGUGAGCCUGGUGUCGCCGGCAAUCUCGAUCGCUUCGGCUUCACGCUCGAAGAUGCAGGCGGGACGAGCAGUCAUCUGACAUCUGAGCAAAGCGGAACAUUCCGAACCAAUUGCUUAGAUUGUCUCGAUCGCACAAACGUAGUAGAAGACAUUCUCUCGCGGCUCAUGCUCGAGCAUUACUUGAGCAAUGCUUUUCCGGGUGCACCGUCCGAGAAUCUGUGGAAUGUCCAUCGCACCUUGUGGGCCGAGAAUGGCGAUGCCCUAUCGAAGCUAUACGCCGGCACCGGCGCCAUCAAUACGUCCUUUACUCGGUCUGGCAAGAAGACGCUUUCUGGCCUGCUGUCAGACGCAACAAAGAGCGUCAGCAGGCUCUACAUUGGCAACUUUGUCGAUAAAGGUAAGCAACAAUCCAUCGACAGCUUACUGGGUAAUCUCGAUGGACAAGAGCAAGUGAUCGUGUUCAAUCCUGCGCGAGAUCAGGUCAAUGCGCAAAUGAAUGCGAGACGAGCCGAGUAUUCAUCUUCAGUACCCAUCACGAUCGCAGCUUGCACAUGGAAUCUCAACGGACGUCCGCCCAGCACAGAGGACCUGCUGCCUUGGCUCAUGCCCGGCGGCGUAGAGCCAGACGUAAUCGCGGUCGGGUUUCAAGAGAUCGUCCAGCUAUCACCUCAGCAGAUCAUGGCAACAGAUCCCAGCAAAUUGCACAGAUGGGAGAAGCAUAUCCUAACCAUGCUUACUCAGAGGUCGGACAAGACGACCAAAUACGAGCUAGUCCGGUCAGAGCAACUCGUCGGCGCCGCCCUGCUGCUCAUCGUCAAAACAACGCUUGUCGGCGAGCUCACGCGAGUUGAAGCGAGCACUCAUAAGACGGGGCUCAAAGGUCUUGCUGGCAACAAAGGUGCAGUUGCUAUCCGCUUCGAGCUCAAAGACAGCUCGUUCUGCUUCGUGACCGCUCACUUUGCGGCUGGCAGCAAUAAUGUCGACGAGCGCAAUCAGGAUUACUGGACCAUCACAAACGAGCUGACCUUCACCCGAGGCAAGCGUAUCUCCAGCCACGACAACAUUGUCUUCAGUGGCGACUUCAAUUACCGCGUCAGUUUGCCAUUCGAGCAAGCGCGUCAACUAUGCGAUGCUGGCGAUUUGACAGCCUUGCUGGACGCAGAUCAGCUCAGAGAAGCUACACGUGCCCGCCGAAUAUUCCCCGGCUUCGUCGAGGCGCCCAUUGCGUUUCUGCCAACGUACAAAUACGAUGUCGGCACGGAUCGCUACGAUACCAGCGAGAAGCAGCGUGUCCCUUCUUGGACUGAUCGCGUGCUUGUUUGUGGGUCCGAUCUUGAUGUCAACGUCUAUGCUCGCACGGAACUGCUGACUUCGGAUCAUCGGCCAGUACAUGCUCUCCUGCGUGGCAAGGUUCGCGUCAUAGAUGCGGCGAGGAAGCAGACGCUGUACGACACGCUCAUCGUAUCAGUCUCAACUGCUUUACCGCGACCCAGUACAGAGGAACAGCAGUGGUGGAGCCCGGGCGCGGUAUCGGCCCAGGAGUGCGCGACCUUGCUGCAGAAACCCAUGGCCAAGCCACCAAUACCUGUCAAGCGACUUUUGCCAUCAUCGACACUGCCCACGCCCGUUAGACGCAAGCCUCCGCCGAGCGAAGUGACGAACUCUCAGCGUGCAGCGCCUGCUCUACCACCGCGGCCAGAGAACACGAUAUAG